CUCGAUACUGGUUACUGCUUCUGAUACGUUUACAAAGUGGGUUGAAGACAGAGUAGUUUACAGGGAAGAUGCUUCCAGUGUGACUGAAGCAGUAGUAAGGAUGCUUACUUCCCUGGGUCUACAAAGCUACAUCAAGACUGAUCGUGGUAGUGUUCUUGGAUAUUAUGUGAUGCAGCAACUAGCGCAAAGGCUUGGUGCGGCUAAGCCUGGCGCGGCCUCCUUUACACCGCAAGAGGAGUGA